AAAACUAGUGGCCGUUGUAAUUCAAAGUCACACACACACACACAGCCUUCAAAAUCAUCACACAAAACAAACCAACAUCAUUUACACAACCCAACAAAACACAUAAAACCAAACUCAUUCUCCAAUUUCAAAUAACCCAAAACAAACAAACAAAUAGAUAGAUAGUGUUUCUGUGGAGAAGAAUGAGAGGACCAGUUAUGGUGAGUGGAUGCGGCGGUAGAAGAGGAAACAGAGACGCCGAAGAAGUGUCUCCGGCGGCAUUAAUGUUGGCUGCUUUGAAAAAAUCAAUGGUAGCUUGUAGUGUAGAGACUCCUGAUGAUGUAAUCUCAACCGUUCAUCAUCCAAUGGAGAUUGGAUGGCCAACAAAUGUUAAGCAUGUUAGUCAUGUUACCUUUGAUCGUUUUAAUGGCUUUUUGGGUCUUCCUCUUGAGCUUGAACUUCAUGUUCCUGCUCCUGUUCCAAGUGCUAGUGUUAGUGUGUUUGGUGUCUCAGCAGAAUCAAUGCAAUGUUCGUAUGAUUCAAAAGGAAACAGCGUCCCCACAAUUCUGCUACUAAUGCAAGAGAGAUUAUACUCACAAGAAGGCCUAAAGGCUGAAGGAAUAUUUCGUAUAAAUCCAGAAAAUGGUGAAGAGGAGCAUUUGAGAGAACAAUUGAAUAGUGGCAUUGUGCCAAAUGACAUUGAUGUUCAUUGUUUGGCUGGAUUAAUUAAAGCAUGGUUUAGGGAACUUCCUUCAGGAGUGUUAGAUGGACUUUCACCUGAACAAGUUCUUCAAUGCAACACAGAAGAAGAAUGUGUUGAGCUUGUGAAGGAGCUUAAACCAGUUGAAUCAGCUUUGCUCAAUUGGGCUAUUGAUCUCAUGGCUGAUGUUGUAGAAGAAGAGGAGUGUAAUAAAAUGGAUGCUAGAAAUAUUGCUAUGGUUUUUGCCCCAAAUAUGACUCAGAUGUCUGAUCCACUGACUGCCCUAAUGCAUGCUGUCCAAGUGAUGAAUUUGUUGAAAACACUGAUAUUGAAGACACUUCGAGAUCGCGAAGAAACAGCAUCAGCAGAUUAUUCACCAAUGUCAUCUCAUUCAUCAGACCAACAAUCAGAAGAUGACUAUAACAGUCAACAAGAAAUGAAUACAAGUGGUGAAUUGAGAAGAACCAAGUUAGAUUUUGAUGAUCAUGUUGAAUACAACCACAACAUUGAAGAAGAAUUAGAGAGUCCUAGGAGUUGCUCUAACUAUAAUGUGGAAUCUGUUUUAUCAUUUACUGAUGCAAAAACUGAGAACUCGUGUUUGAGUUCGGCUUAUGGAGACGAAUCAGUGACAACUCUAACAGCCGAAGACAGAUCAAAUGGUGACGACACAAGUAGUCCAUCGGUAGAAAGUAAAGACGACACUGAUGUAGACAUGGUAGAUAAAUUUACCACUGAAUCUGUUUCAGUCAUGCCUUUGUUUGAAUCUAGUUAAGAAUUUAGUUUCUUGUGAGAAGUGUUUUUAAGUAACUGGUUUUACAAGCAAGGGUUGUUUUGUUUGUGUAUAUUGUGACUAGUACACUUAGUAGGAAUGUUUUUUUGGUUGUUUUGGAUUGUGAAGUUGUUAUGUUCAGUUCAGUGCUGAAUUUGACAUGAUUUGAUUACUGUAUGUCCAAAUAUACUGGACUAUAGUAGCAUGAAUUAUUAUUUCAUAUAGGUUAGGAGUUGUAAUUGUUGAUGAUUUUUUAGGGAGUAGGGAGAUUGAUUUAGCCUGAAAAUGGUGCUUGUUAUGUAUGCUUUGCAUGAUCAAAAUUUGAUGGAUUCAUUUAUGU